UGAGGAUACUGAACACCUGGCGGUUUAGGCCUGGCCUGCAGGGUUUGUGUGGAUCUUAUAAAUCCUUAAUGUUGAGCGUGUUGGAACAGAGUUUGUUGCUCUUGUUUAGUGCACUUAAUUUUCCACUUUGAAUUGUCACAGUUCACGUUUAAGUAUUGCGGUGUUUGGUAUCCUGUGGUAAGAUUCCUCUCCCUUUCACAAAAAUGGAAGAAGUAAACAGUACCUCACAAGCAACAGAUGUCGAGCAACCACAACAAGAAGUUAACCACACUAGACCAUUUUUCUAUGUUCAACCACCAUCUCAACCUUAUUUCAUGUAUCAGUGGCCUAUGGAUCCAUUUGGUGGACAGUAUGGCUUCCCAGGGCCAGCCUUCCCUUUUGGGCGUCCGUGUUUGCCCCCAUAUCAAUAUAUGCAGUACCCUGGUUACGUGGUUCCACAUGCGCCCAUGCAGCCGACUGACUGCAGAAGGAUGACUCCCCUUUAUCCCUCAGUUGCCUCCUAUGACCUCCAUUUCCGGCAGCAUUUCCAGCAAAUGAGCGUACACAGAGAAACCAUGUCUUCUGAAGCCCAGACAGAGCCUGGGGAUUCAGUCAGCAAACUCCUAAACAGUUUGGAUGGUUCCAAAGCCUGUGAGAAGUCUGGAGCUGUCAAAAAAUGUGGUGUGUUCUCCUACACUCAUGUGGUGGAGAAAUUGAACUGUGCUGAUGCUAAGCUAGCAAUGGAAUCUGCUUCUGAGCUUUCAAAGGCAGGGCAAGAGGAAGGGGUAAGACCUGUGACCUUGAACGACUCUGCUGUGUAUGAUGUAGAAUCGAGCCAAGGCCGACUAGAAGACUGUGCUCUGUCAGGCGUGUUUCCUAUUGGUAGCUCGUCUGUCCACGAGGACAAACAUACUCAGGAAAGAGAUGGCAAUCAGCAAGAAACAGAGCAACCAUGCCUUGAUAUCGAGAAAUCUGAUGGCAUACGUGCCUCAGAUGUUCUUGGCAACAAAAACUGUUUGGGUUCAUCAGAGGGCCAUGAUUCUGGCACUUGUGUUUCUGAGAUAAAUGAGAAAUCUGAUCUGUGUGAGGAAAAGGCCUUGGACCAAGUGGAAAAUGUGCCUCCUGAGCCUGCAGAGGUUAUUGAUCCUCUACUGCAGACUACACUAGAACAGGAAUUUUCAUACCAGAUCCUCCACUUGCCAUGCAAUAAGUCCACCACUGGCUUGGAAAUUCAGAAGGAGGUCAACCCACUGGUGUAUGUGGAUGCCGCGUCUUCCGUUCUCCCUACUAAGGCAUACUCUUUUAGCAGUGUAUGCUCCUAUAGCUAUUGCCCUCAAGUCGCCCAAGAACGUCAAAGUGUCCUCAGCCCUUCCCUCGAUGAGCUUUCCUCCAGAGACGAGAUGUUCUCUACUGAUGUGGAAGACGAAAUAAUGCCUGGCCAGGUUUGUGUAGGUGUGGGCAAAUUGGCUGAAACCAGUGCUGCUCCCACCUGCCCAGAGAAGGAGACUGGAGAUGAUGACUCCUGCUCGAUUUGUGCCAAAACUUGUGCUUGCUGUGGAGCAAGCCUGCCAGAUGAAGAUGAGACCAACCUUACAGAGCACUAUGGCUACUUGGAGAAGAAUGUGGAUCGGGCAAUGUCUGAUCAAGACUGUGAGUGUGAACUGGAGCAACAUGGAGAAGGGCCAAGCACCUGUGAACCUCAGAACGUAGUGAUGAGGCAGCAUGCUUCCAGGCAUGCUUUGGCCUCUUGUGGUAGGCAAGCUGGCAAACACAAAGCUAGGAAGGUGCAGGAAGGAGUGGAGGUGAGUGAGCUGGACCAAGGACAUGGCAGAGGAGAAUCUGAAGAGCAGUUUCAUGUGACUGCAAAAGCAGAGAGGUUCAAAGGAAAAGGACAAAGGGGUGGCCAGUCCAGGCCUUGCUUUGAACAUCAGUGGCGUGAAAUUCGACAAGGAGAUUUAUUGGACCAGGAAGGCUGGAUGAACUGCAGUGGCAAACAGAGGUCAAGGCCCUGUCGGCAAGGGAAUGGGCUUCAAGAAAAAGGGAGACCUGGACGCAGGAGACCUUCCUGUAAGACGUUUGGUCAACAGAGGCCAAGAAGAAAUGAGUAUGACGACCAUGAUGAGGCAGAGUUUUCCUACUGCCAAAGGGGCAGAGGAUCUAUGAAAAGAAGAGGCACAAGAUACUAAAACAAUGCUAUGCACUGCUUUAAUACUUGAAUGUAUUACCUAAAAAAUUGAAUGCACUAUUGCACUGUGAAACUCACUAAAAAGAUCACUACUAUAAUAAAUAAGCACUGAUAUUUAUGUGGAUUGUAAAUGGGUAGUCUUGUAGCAGAUGACUGCCUUUCCAAAGCUCACCCUGCUUUACUUUUGAGUGCUGUGCAUUCAUCUUAAUCGUGUCUGAGGGUGAUGUCUCUGGGGCAUGCUUUGACCUGCUUGUUCCUGACUGUACUCUACUGAGGCUGGAUCUGGGAGGUGUGGGCCUAGCCUGAGCUGAGCGUGUUUAUGGUUAGCUUUUUUUUUUUCUCAAAGCAUGGUCCAUGGAAAUGAUUCUCAGUUUCUAAAGCCUGGGCUUUGGAAAGGCAGCGCAAAGUGAUAAAAGAGGAAAAAUAGGUGCUCUGGCCGAGCCUAGUCCAGAUGUGCCCUUUUUUAUUGUUGUGAACCUUUUUUAACUUGCAGUGUAAUGUUGAUGUGCAGCUAACAUGCAUUUACUUGCACAGGGGUGUCAUUAAAUUCUUUGCAUUGCA